AACAACAUUGCAGAAGUGGCAAGUGGGAUAGCUCGUGCAGGGAAAGCGGCGGUUCUAUGGUGUAGCACCUGCAAUUACGCCCAUCCCGUCAUACUGUUUGAACUUUCAGGUAUAGAACAAAACUGUGUAAUGAACACGGUUGGUUUGGCUAUUUUAGUGAGAAUGGGCAACUGCCUCUGUGCUAAGGAAACUAUCAAAGUGAAUGGUCGCAGAUAUUAUGUUAGAGAACGUCUAGGAGAAGGGGGGUUUAGCACAGUAGAUCUUAUUGAAGAUGCAGCAUCACAUAAACUUUAUGCACUUAAACGUAUCACAUGUCACUCUCAGGAGGAUCAAAAGGUUGCAUUAACAGAAGUGGAGUAUCACAGGUCACUAAGUCAUUCCAACAUAGUAGAAUGCAUAGACUCGGACCUUGUAGGAGUUCCAGACCUCAUGGGAAAUCGCACCUCACAAGUCCUUAUUAUAUUGCCAUAUUGUCAGAGAGGAACAUUACAUGAUGAACUGAUGCGCAGACAGAAAACAGGAACUCAUCUAGAUGAGGUGGUGGUGUUGACUCUGUUCCGAGGGAUUUGUGAAGCUGUGCAGUGCAUGCAUAGCGCCAGGCCACAUCCACUGGCACAUCGGGACAUCAAAACAGCUAAUGUUCUCAUAAAAGAUGAUUUAACGCCACUCCUCAUGGAUCUGGGGUCUGUGGCUCGUGCAAGAGUUGAGAUAAAUGGCAGCUCAGAAGCCCGAAGGUUGCAGGAUGAAGCUGCAGAGAGAAGCUCUAUGCCUUACAGGGCUCCAGAGCUCUUCAAUGUAGAAUCAUUUUGUCACAUUGAUGAGCGAACAGAUGUGUGGUCACUGGGUUGUUUGCUGUAUGCGCUCUGCUUCUACAGAUCUCCAUUUGAAGCUGUUUAUGAAAGAGGGGACAGUGUAGCCUUAGCAGUAGCAAGUGGAAUUACCAAAUAUCCUGAAAAUCAUUCAUACUCUGAAGACCUCAUUGAACUUAUCAAGAGCAUAGUAAAAGUGGAUCCCAGUGAACGGCCAUAUCUCGACUCUAUCAUUGGCCAACUGGAUCAGCUUCUCAACAAGUCUUCAGGGGCAGUUUAGUCAGCAGCUGUUCCUUUUGCAAUAACAUCAGAUGGAGCUGCAGAGUUAUACAGUACUGAUGUCAGAUGUGUGGAUUUUAAUUAUUUGGAGCUUCAUCAUCUAUAGCAACUUGUUUAUGCAAUUGAAGGAUAGUGAAUCAUAGUUGCGUAUUUAGUUGUAGUCUACAAAACAUUCUUUGCUUUAUGAUUGUGUUUUUGAAUAUCCUAGACUGACCAUUUAAUUCGUAAAUGACGUUAGUUUCAGAAGUUUUAUGAAACAACUUUAUUAUGUGUAAAGUGAAUUCUUAUGUAUAUAGUAAAAAGGCGGUUGUGCAUCAUGCUAUUUGAGAAAAUCAAGUUAUCAACAUAUAUUUCUAAUGAAUUGUGUCUUCUGCUAUGCAUUCCAAAUAUACGAAUAAGCCUACUUUUAAGAAAAUAGGGUAAAGCAUUUGUAAAUGAAAUGAAAAGUGUAAUGUAAUAGAUUUCUCCAAAAGUGUAGAUUGAAACCUAAAAUUUCUUGUUUUUGUAUAAUAACAGGCUUUUGUGCUUAAAUAUUUUUAUAUGCAUUGAAGUGUGGAGGAGUUACCAUUUUUGAUCCUUGUAAGUGUCUUGUCCAAGGUUGUUUAAGUUAUCAACAUGUAUUAGACAAUAGCAAGAGGUCUCAGGUACUUAUGAAAUAAUUUUAUUUAGUGAUAUUUGCAUUUAUGGUAAAUUAGAUAAUUAGGAAUAUUAUUGCAACUACAUCUAUGUAUUUAUUCCUAAAAGUUAUUGUUUUCUUUAUUGCAUUUUCCGUAUUUACGUGUUUAUAUGUUGUCAGAAAUUAUUAUGUAUGAUAGAAUUAAUGUAUCCAGAUUUACUUAUUAAUUUCAUAACUCUUUUAUGAAUAUUAGGAUUUUCUAUUAAUUCCUUGGGUAAAGAGGCUAUAACUGUUUGUAUAUAGAAUGUGUUUAUUUGGAAUAGAAUACAUUUAAUUAUUGUCUGAAAUAUAUACUAGUCAAUGGGAGUAAACGGGAUGAAAGAAAUGCUAUGCAGUAGUAACUUUCAUAAGAUAUAAGUAAAAGACAGGUUUUUGAAUAGUCGUAAAACCAACUUUCAUUAUUUAACGAUGACGAUAAUAAUAAUCACACUGGAAAGUAAAGUUGUCUCAAGUGAAAAAAAAUACUGACAUGCAUAACCAGCAUAAUUUAGUCCAUAGGGAAUCUUUUGUAAUUAUAUUGCAGUUAUCCAGCAGGCACUGAAAUUUCCUUCAUUUCAUUCCAUUUAAAUUCAGCCCAUCUUUCAGUAAUUUUUCAAUUCAUGUGUGAAUGUCUCACUAUAAGUCAAUUUAGUUGUCUUUUAUAGUAACUGAGUCUCAGUUUAAUUGUGAAAAUCAAACUUUGGUGUCAGUCUUCUAAUGAAGUCAAAUAAGCAUAAGCUAAAUGAAUUAAAACAAUCAAUAAAUUCUAGGCCUUGCAUGAUAAUAUAGUUCUGGGAUCAUUUUUAAGAAAUAAAUUAAGUACUCUGUAUGCAAUCUACAUAUUUUGAACUAAUCAUAGCAAAUAUUGAUACCCAGAAAAAUAGUUUGACAUGAGAACUUACUGCCAGUGGAUGGCAUCCAUACUUGCCAUGCUGAGGAUGGCCUGAAUUUACAAUGGCACCUGUACAUACAGUACAGAUUGCUGUGUGCUGUGUGCUUUAUAGGUAUGGAGUUCUAUGCACUCCAAUGGCAAAAGUUCUUGAGCUAUGAUUAAAAUUAUAAUUUUAUAUUCUUUAUAUUUAAAAAUAAUAAUGUAAUGAUGAAAAUAGUUCAUAUCAAACUAUAGGUUUGGGCUGAAUUGCUGCAUAUGAAUUUCAUUUGACCAAAUCUUACCAAUAUACCCAAGCCUUCUUUUUCUGAUUUUAUCUGCUAGGCAUGUGAGUACAUCUUUAAUUGAAUGAAAAUCUGUUUUAGGGAUUACAUGGCCUGUAAAACAGCCAUUGUCUCUCACUCAUUGAUUUGAUAAAUAUUAAAAUAAUUUAUAAUUAUAUAUGCUGGUCAGCUGAUUGCUGUUUAUAUCUUACAAUAUGCAACAAUAAAAACAGGUUGUGAGUGGUUGUCUAACUUGUUUCUUUUUUCAAUAAAGAGCUAAAAGACAAGGAUUUUUAUAUAUAUAAAAAAAAACAAAAAUCAUCAAGACCUUCUGUAAGGAGGGUGUAUGUGUGUAAACCUGGAGUUAUGGAGGUAUAUUUAUUCUAUCGUAAUGCCUUUUACCUUUCUUAGCCUGGUUAAUGGUGGUAAAGAGGUAAGCAUUUUAGUCAAACUAUUUAAUCAGUGCAAAAACUGAAAAAAAACAAGAUUAGACUUGCAGGAUUUAUUAUAUUAGGCUUGUGCUUAAAAACAUUUAAUAAUAGUGUUUACCUUCAUCAUCCUUUUAAUGAAUAUAAUUUCCUAAAACCUGGAGUAUGAAGUACAGCUCAAGCUAGGGAUCAUCAAAUGGGUUCACCAGGUGAUGCCACAAAUGUUAAACUUCAAGCUUUUGAUAAUCUUAAUGAUUUUGUUGUUGUUGUGCAUCAUGAGUGGGAUCAAAAUGUGUAAUUGCACAUCAUGUGAUGGAGCUUUGAAAUUACUAUCAAAAGGUUUUAGAGUAACUUAGCAAAGUUACAGUUGAAGGAUGAUAGGACAAAAGAUUCUGAUUUAUGAGCUGGUCUGUAAAUAUUAAUAAUAUUUUUCUCAAGAGGUACCUUAGUCGCAAAGAGGACUCCCAUCAAACUACACAAAGGGAUAGCAUGCUCUGUUAUAAAUGGUUGUAAUUUUAUUUUGAAAAGUUGUAUUUACAUUAUCUUUUGCUGGGAGUAUAAAUGUUUAUAUAAGUAUUUGUUUGUCUUAGAGAAUGAAUGAAAAGUGAGUUUACUUAUCAUUGUAUGUUAGAUGCACUUGAUGGUAGAUUAACGAUUUCUUUUUUUAUAUUAUUUCAUAUCAAAUGAACAAGAUGAAGGAUGUAUUGUGUCCAGCACAUGAGUUAUUCUUUGCUCCUUGUGUAAUCAGACACAUGAAAUAGAAACAAUAUUAAUACUGAAUUAGGAAUUAUAAACAUAUUUAUUUUUGUAAUACAGCAUGAUUUACACACACACACACACAGACACACACACACACA